AUGAGGAAUAAUCAGGUAAACAGUCCCAGCUAUGACAAUGCAGGUUUCCAUCACGAGGAAGGAAGACCCCCUCCAUACUCCCCUCAGCCAGGAAUGUACCCCCACCUCCCUCAGCAGACCUCCAGCCACGUUACCGUCAACACCCAGCUGACCUCAGCUCCCAGAACGCCUCCUCAUACAGCACAACAGAGAGGACCAAAGAGGUGCAGCUGUAAAUACGCCAUGUGUGUGUCUGUGUGCGUGCUGGUCGUCCUGGCCGUGGCCGCCCUCUUGCUCUGGUACUUCUUGUACUACCAGUGUUUGCUGGGAAAGUCGUGUGGACCCGGUGGGAGGUGUCUGAGCCCCUCCCAGUGGUGUGAUGGUGUCAGGGACUGCUCUGACGGAGAGGACGAAGCUCAGUGUUUCCGCCUCCACGGCGCCGACUUCCUGCUGCAGAGCUACUCGACGGACAGACGGAGCUGGAUGCCCGUGUGUGCUGAGAACUGGGAUGACGACUAUGGGAGGGCUGUGUGUGAGCUGAUCGGCUACAGGAGGCAGGAUUACGUGACCUACAGCCAAAUCAGCGCUGGUUCUCUGGACUCCGAAGGAUACCUGAAGCUGAAGCCUGGAAGCAGCUCUGGAUCACAAAUAAAGUCGGACCUCGUUCACAGCCUAAUUUGUCCAGCCAGAGCGAUCAAACUUCAAUGUAUUGAAUGUGGCGAGAGUUCAGCAGCUCCCAGCUCUCGUAUCGUCGGCGGCACUGAGGCUGUGAACGGAGCCUGGCCGUGGCAGGUCAGCCUCCAGAUUUUUGGCCGACACAUCUGUGGAGGCUCCGUCAUCAGCCCAUACUGGAUCCUGUCUGCUGCACACUGCUUCCAGGAGUACUCUGAUCCUGAUGUGUGGAGGGUAAAGUCUGGUGAUGUGAGGUUGUCUCGGAUGACUUCUGGUGGCAAAAGAGUUCACAGGAUCAUCAGUCAUGAGCAUUAUGACACAGAAACCAGUGAUAACGACAUUGCUCUCCUGAAGCUCCUCUCACCUCUUACUUUUACGAGAACAGUGAAACCAGUAUGUCUCCCCAACUUUGGUUUGGACUUCUCAGCUGGCAGUCGAGCGUGGAUCACGGGAUGGGGAGCUCUCCGCUCAAAUGGGCCAUCACCCGACACGCUGAAUCAAGCCCAGGUGACCGUCUACAGCAGAGAGACCUGUAACGGCCCUCAGGUGUUAAAUGGGCAGAUCACCGAGUCCAUGAUCUGUGCAGGAAAGCUGCAGGGAGGAGUGGACAGCUGCCAGGGGGACAGCGGAGGACCCCUGGUGGCUAAAGCUGGAAACACUUGGUGGCUGGCAGGGGACACCAGCUGGGGGAUUGGCUGUGCUUGGAAAAACAAGCCGGGGGUCUACGGCAAUGUGACCUACUUCAUGAACUGGAUCUAUGGACAAAUGCAGAACAACUGACGGAGACAUCUGUGUUCUGAUGCUCUCACACAAUUUGCACUUUGAAUCUGAAGCUUCGAGGAAACUUACUGAUCAGGAAGACAAAACAAAAGAAACCAUUAUUUUUAUACGCUUGAAUUUUAACAUGCAUUCAAUGUGUGUGUAUGAAGAAAAUCAAUCUAUUUAUUUGUUGGAAUA